AUGGCUGAGGACCUCGCCGAAUGGAUGUCUCGUCUCUUCCCAGAGCUUGCCGGCGAUAUGGAAGGCGACAAUUUCUUUGAAAAAAUCUCUGAUGGCACACUUCUGUGCCACUACGCAAGUGAACUGCAUCGCCGCAUAAUUGAGAGCGACUCAGAUUCGAAAAAGGACAGCAGACGGCGACUGCAGGGGGUGCGUGUUGGUGGCGUUAAUGCUUUCCUUCCCGCAGAACCACCAAAAUAUAAUUCACGGGGACUUAAAUCACAGAACCUCGCGGGUGGAUCUUUCUGGGCACGCGAUAAUAUAGCGAACUUCCUUAAAUGGUGUCGCUCAGUAGGAUUUCCCGACAGCAUCCUCUUCGAGACGGAGGACUUGGUGUCGAAAAGGCAUCUGCGCAGCGUGAUUGUCUGCCUGAUGGAAGUGGCUCGGCUUGGCGGCAAAUUCGGAAUGGAGGUGCCGGAGAUUGUCCACCUCGAGAAGCAAAUUGAUGCCGAACUGGCUGCUGAGCCUGGUAAUGUGCCUAAAGGAGAAUUAGAGGACAAGCCAUCUACGCCCAAUGGCAACAGUCCGGCUUCGGAAAUGGCUUCCUUGGACGAAGUCCUCCUUCGGAGUCACGUUAUGGUGCGCACUGAUGGCGACUGGGAUACACUUAAUCACUUCCUAGAAGAAUACGAUGCGUGCAGAAAAAUUACGCCUCACGUUGACCUUACGUGUCAGAGCACUGCCAAUUUGACGGCGGGUCCCUUGCAAUUGAAACCACCCAAAGAAUUCAGGCUCCAGGUGCUGGAUCCAGAACCGGCUGAUCUCAAGCCGACUCCUACCGCCUAUCUGGCGGAAUUGGGCAAGAAACGCGCAAUACACCAGGAAGAAGACUUGUUUAAACAAGUUGACGAACAUGCACUGUUGGUGGCGCAACAAAAACAGAAAAACUUCAAACAACUAAUUUGGCAACUCAUAUACGCGCGGAACAUUACCUCGGAGUUGGAGCGCGUGAGGGCUAUCUUCCUCUGGCUUUGCACCAAGGAUCUGAACAAAAUGAACUUCGACAAUGUCAAGCCUGGCUCGCCUGAGGAGACCCUCAUGGACAUUCGCGCAAACAAAACGUCCUAUGCGCAGGCCUUCCUCACUCUUUGCCGCUACGCGGAUCUCCACUGUAAACUCAUUUCGGGCUAUGCAAAAGGCGUUCACUACUCACCAGGCAUGCAGUUCACCGGUUCUGAUCAUAAACACUGUUGGAAUGCCGUGCUAAUCGACGGUACCUGGCGUCUCGUUGAUUGCGAGUGGGGAGCCCGUUCUAAAGCCAAGAAAGGUACCAACAGAGGAAAAUUAUCUUAUGGGCUGGAAACCUACUAUUUCCUCACACACCCGGGUCAGCUUAUCUAUUCGCACUUUCCGCAUGAUACUGAAUGGCAACUCCUACAUCAUCCAAUCACUCUGAAGGAAUUCGAGUCUUUCACUUACGUAAGACCCGCUUUCUUCAAGUACAAUCUUACCAUGCCCUCGCAGCGCAAUGCUGUUAUCAAGUCCAAGGACUCAGAGGUUCGUAUCGCGCUCGAGUUUCCAUCGGACAGCGUAAACUGUCUCUUCUUCGAAGUUCAGCUUACGUUCAAUGAUCAGGAUUUCACUGAACACUAUAACAGCAUUCCCCUAAAGUACGUCUUGAAGAUAUUUUGUUUCACAUGGUUCCAAAAGACAUAA